AUGUCGUCGUCUAUGCACACCUCGUCGCUCUUUGACGUCAAGGACAAGGUCGUCCUCGUCACUGGAGGCAGCCGUGGAAUCGGAUUGAUGAUCGCACACGGAUUUGUGGUCAACGGCGCAAAGGUCUACAUCUCGUCGCGCUCGGCCAAGGUCUGUGACAAGGUUGCCGAGGAGUUGUCCAAGCUCGGUCCUGGUCAGUGUAUCUCUAUCCCUGCGGACCUCCAGAGCCUCGACGAGGUCAAGCGUCUCACCGCCGAGAUUACCAAGCGUGAAUCCAAGCUCCAUGUCUUGAUCAACAACGCCGGUGCUACUUGGGGAGAGUCGAUUGCGACAUACCCAGACCAAGCAUUCGAAAAGGUCAUGAACUUGAACCUCAAACGCGUCUUCUCCCUCACCCAAGCCCUCCUCCCCCUCCUCGACCUCGCCGCAACCCCCGCCCACCCAGCCUCGAUCAUCAACAUCGGCUCCGUCGACGGAAUCCAUAUUCCCACCCAGGAGACCUACGCCUACUCGGCUUCCAAGGCCGCCCUCCACCAAAUGACUCGUGUCAUGGCCGGACACCUGGGUGCUCGUCAUAUUACUUGCAAUGCUAUUGCGCCUGGUCCCUUUGAGUCCAAGAUGAUGGCACAGACGUUGAAGGAUUUUGGAGAGCAGAUUGUGGGAAAUGUGCCAUUGGGACGAAUUGGACAGCCCGAGGAUGUUGCAGCUACGGCGAUUUAUUUGGCGUCUAGGGCUGGUGCCUACACCACAGGGGCUGUUAUCCCUGUUGAUGGCGGUACCUUGGUCAAGGCCAAGCACUAA